AUGCAGAUCAAGACAGCCGGCCAACUUGCGGCAUUGGCGGCGCUCAUUGCCAAAUGUACUGGUUUUACUGUCACUAGUGGCAGUGCCACUGAUUUCGCCAAUGCCAUGAUCAGCGGACCAGGCUUGUCGGUAGUCAACGUCCCCAACCAGGUUGCCCCAGCAGGCAGCGUCGGAAGCUUCACCGAUGGUCCGUUUGGUAUAGGAAAUGUUGGCAUCGUCACCACUGGAGAUGUAACCGGCGCCCUUUCUGCUGGCAGGGACUCAUACUGCUGA